CGGCCUUUCAAUCAUCACACACACCACCGUUGUCCAUCGUAUCACAACAAACACACCAUGGCUCGAUUUCUGUAUUUGCUGUUAUCUGCUGCUUUGAUAGCAUUCACAUAUGCUUUACCUAUGGACUCUUCUGAGCAUUCAAGUCCGGCCGAAUCUUCCAACGAUAUGUCUCUAAUAGAACAAUUGCAACACAUUAUUGAAAAACGUGAUAUUUCUAUGGAUGUAGCUGGCGCUACCGUCGUCAUGUCACCAAAGAAAAUGGAAGAUAAUGAAAUGGGCCUUACAUUUAAAUUGCCCAACGCCGCUGAAGCUAGAGGUAAAAGACAUAAGUUAAAGAAAAUUCUUAUGCCAAUUAUGGUAUUUAUUAUGCUGAAAGCUUUAACACUCAUUCCAUUGGCCAUCGGUGUUUUGGGUUUGAAGGCAUGGAACGCUUUGCAAUUAUCGUUUUUCUCUUUCGUUCUUAGUAUUGGAUUAGCUAUUUUCCAAUUGGUAAGAAAAGCCGGCGAAUCUCCACCAGCUUUGGCUACCCAUGAUGCUGGAAUCUACAGUGCUCCAUCAGCUCAUUAUGCUAGAAGCAUGCAAGACAACAAUAACGCCCACGAAAUGGCUUUCAUUAACCAACUUCGCCGAUAGAUUACCAACCCGCUUGUUCCAUCAUUUUGUGACACUUGUCUGAAACGGAUUGGAUAACGUGAUUGUGAAUCCUGUGAAGAAUAUUAAUAUUUAUUUAUUUAUUGUUUUUUCAUUUUAUGAAUAAUAAUUUAAUUAAAAUUUUCUUGUAAAUACAUUUAUUGUAUGUAAUUUUCAUACGAAUGACUGUUGAUGAACAAUUUAAAAUGAAAUAUAUUAUACAGUAUUUAUUGACAAAAA